GACAUGGAGCUGUGGCAGCAGCUGCAGCAGGCAGAAAUGAUCCCCCCAGAGCUCGGCCCACCACCCCGGGCCCUGUUGGGGGUCCCCCCAGCAGAGAUGGCUGGUUCGACCCUCUCAUCUUCAGGGGCAGAAACUGGUAGUCCUGGUGCCAGCAAGAGUCUGCAAUGGAUCUGGGAGGAGCUGGGGAACCUCCGUCGGGUGGAUGUCCAGCUGUUGGGUCAGCUGUGCAGCCUGGGACUGGAGUUGAAGGCGCUGAGGGAGGAACUGGCCUUCCUAGAAGAGGAAGAGGAGGAGGAGCUCAUUGAGGAAGAGAUAGAGGAGGAGGAUGAAGAUCCAGAGAAUCAGGAAAAAGGACCCUUGGAGGUCCCCUGCUCUGUGCCAAGCUAUCGGCUCCCGGACUUUGAGAUGACCAUCUGAGACCCUGCUUCCGAUGGACACAGGAAUGGAAUUCAAA